AUGGAUCAAUUUAAAAAUCAAGAAGGAACGACUCUUCAUUCGUUGGGCGGUCGCACGAUUAUACGAUAUAAGAACGAUCUCGUUGUGAAGUCGGGCGAUCUUCGUGCCCACGAAGCACAAACCCUUCAAUUUAUUGCAUCAAAGACGACAAUUCCCGUGCCCAAAGUUCAUCAUAUUCAGUACGAAGAUGGGAAAGUUGUGGCCAUUGUAAUGGACUACAUACCUGGCAAGCGACUCGAUGAAGCAUGGGAUACUUUAGACUCUCAUCAGAAGCUCUCCAUUGCCAACGAGCUCCAUUCUCAUAUGAAUCAACUUCGCGAUUUGAAAGGUGACUACAUCGGAGCGAUCGACCGUGGUCAGGCUAUAAUCGGCCAGAUUGCGUCAAUUGAAGGCGGUCCAUUUGACUCCGAACAGCAGUUCAACGAGUUUAUCCUGGGAGAUAUCGUAAAGUCAGCACCGGACCUACUACGGCAUUAUACCAAAUAUGCACUGGUAGAUAACCAUGAUAUCGUUUUUACACAUUCCGAUUUCUCUCCACGGAAUAUCCUUGUUGACGGAGGCCGUGUCACAGCUAUCCUUGACUGGGAAUAUGCUGGUUGGUACCCGGAACACUGGGAAUAUAUUCAAGCAUUUCGACAACUGAAACCAAUGCCUGACUGGCCUGAUUACCUGAUACGGAUUCUUCCACCCAGAUUCGAGAGAGAAUACAUAGGCAUGUCAUUCCUAUCUCGUCUCAUGUGCCACUGA